CGUGGCUUGAUCUUGAUAAGAAGUUGUGGCGGCAAUCAGUGGCUAAAUAGGUCUCGCAGCAAUCAAAUCGUGAAGGCUUGGAAGCUGUAGUGGAGGUAAAAGCUGAUUGGCCUGCCUGGCAGCUACGCGUCUAGGUCUUGCCUAGCUGAGCUGGUCCGAACUGCAUGUCGCCGGACCCUCUCAGCCUUCUUACCAUCCCGUCAUUCUGCUCCAUCAAACUAACAAUUCUGCCCGCCGCAUCAGGAUAAUUCAUCAAGGGCACUUUGGCACACCAUAGUUCGACUCUACCCACUACGUCACAUUCCGCCUUGAGACCACGACACCAUGUCUCGCCGCUACGAUUCCCGAACAACCAUCUUCUCUCCCGAAGGUCGGCUCUACCAAGUCGAGUAUGCCUUAGAAGCCAUUUCCCACGCCGGUACGGCCAUCGGAAUCUUGGCCAAGGAUGGCAUUGUCCUGGCGGCAGAGCGAAAGGUGACGUCGAAGCUGUUGGAGCAGGACACAUCGGCAGAGAAGCUGUACAUUCUCAAUGACAACAUGAUUUGCGCCGUUGCAGGCAUGACAGCCGAUGCGAACAUCCUCAUCAACUACGCUCGACAAGCUGCACAACGGUACCUCCUCACAUACAACGAAGAUAUCCCCUGCGAGCAGUUGGUACGAAGAUUAUGCGAUCUGAAGCAGGGUUACACCCAACAUGGUGGUCUGCGGCCUUUUGGUGUGUCCUUCAUCUACGCCGGAUGGGAUCCCCAGCGACAAUUCCAACUAUACCUCAGCAACCCGUCUGGCAACUACGGAGGAUGGAAGGCAACGAGUGCGGGCGCCAACAAUGCUAGUGCAUCCAGUCUGUUGAAGCAGGACUACAAAGAGGACUGCACGCUGAAGGAGGCGUGUGGCCAAGCAGUCAAGGUGUUGAGCAAGACGAUGGACUCGACCAAGUUGAGCAGCGAGAAGAUCGAAUUUGCAACCGUGGGACAGACUGAGGAUGGCAAGAUCUACCACCGUCUUUGGAGUGCAGAUGAGAUUACAGCGCUGUUGAAGGAGCAUGAUCUGGCAAAGGAUGAGAGCUCCGAGGACAAAUAAAAGUAGUCAGCCUGUUGGGGUGAAAACAUAGACCUUGUACUAAUAGACCAAAUGAUGAGGAAUUGGGACAUCCAUGAAUCUGACGCAUCUGCACUGUCUGGUAAUCUCAAACUUUCACUUAGCAAUGGGUGAUCCUAAUGACCUCAUUGGCCGUAUCCUAGGCGCAUUUCCAAUGACAUCCGAACAUCAAUCAGACAGUGGUAUUCUAUGUAUAGUAUUGCAACAUCUGCUUUUCA